UUUUAUUGUGAAAUGACCUCAUAUUUAAGAUAAGAAUCUUUAAAACAUAUUCGAAUCAAUAUUCCUCCAGUGAUAAGUCGUUCACUAUGGGCACCUGUUUGACCGAAACUGUUAAAUGUGAAGGUUGUUUAGGCUUAUAGGUUAACGGCCUCCCAAAGUUCUUUCAGAACUCCUAUUAUGUUUAAAGUUGCUAAUUAGCGGUCCUGAAUAUUACCUACAUUAAUACGAAAUAAAUGCAAAAGCCCUUUGCUGUAACACAUAGUGAUCUUCAGGAUAUUCUGCAAGAAUUUAUUGAUGAGUUAGUAGACUCAUGUUUGAUGGAUGGAAUUUUAACAAUGCAUCGUGCAAUAAAGUUAGGAUAUUUCCAUAUUAUUGCUCCUGAACAAAAUCCAAACUUGUCGGAUAAUCUUGGCGUUGGUUCUUCGAAUUCAGGCUCUGGCAGAGACCCUAGCAAAACUGCCAGUUGUUGUCGAUGUGGAAAAUGUAAUUGUAAGGUUGCUGCUACACGCUAUGCUGUUCAUUUAUCUAAUUGUAUGGGAUUAGGGAGAAACAGUUCAAGAAGAGCCAACAAACGCAUAGCAGAACAACAACGUUUAGAAGAUGAUGAUACCGAAACUGAGGAGAAUUUCUUGGAGUCAUCUUCGGGAGACAUGAUCUCGUGCAAGAACUCAGCAACUUCAUCUGACCAAUUGGAAUGCAAAUAUUCUAACGGAACAGUUAAUCAUCAUCGAUCACCCUUAAAACUGACAAUCUCUUUGGUACCAGGUUCUGGGAAGCUAGAUCACUCUUCCAAACAUUCAAACAGACAACUUGACCCAACGGCUGGUGGUAAUGAAUAUAGCUGUCCGGAUGAAAACAAUUCAUUAAAAACUACCCAGAGUUCACAUCUUAAAUCAAGCUUACCGACUGUAGUGAGUGAAUCCAGCACUUGAUAGGAAGUGGGAACGACUCUCUGUCUAUUAGAUAAAAUUUAUGUGAAGCACCAAGAUCAUUACGUUUUGACUGCAUUUUACAAUAUUAAGCUUGUAAAUAAAAAGUAUUCUGUGAUUGUAUUCGAAAGUCUUCUUAUAACUUUUCAUGUGAUUUUUUAUGAUAUGAACUUAUUAUUUUUCUAACAAAAAUUAGACACUUAGUUACACUUCCCUGUUUUAAAACCCAUUUAUAUUCCAAAAAAGCCACAUCGGACGUAUAUGUGUGCAUAAUAUUAUUUAAACGGUAGAAUAACACAACGUUGGUACGAACUACUAGCAAAUUUUUGCUUUACAGGUUAUGUAGACUGUAACACAGCAACAACACCCACGUUUGUGUAUGAGUUCUUAGUAGCAACAAAUAUUUUAAUAGGCAACGGUCUUGUGUGAUUAUAUGGAUUAUGGUAUACUAAAUGGAAUAAAAUUUGUGAUUUAGUGACAGGGUUUCAGGCAUCAAACAUCGCUAAGCUACAAACAUAUACUACUGUUCAUCACAGGGGAGUUUCUUCCUUUCACUGUAGGGAGAUCAUAACGUCGCUGCCAUAAAUUAAGUUAGGAUAUAAUUUGAAGACACUCUUCUCAUUGUGUUUGGCAAGUAAAGUCUCUAUAUCUAG